AUCUUCGACUUUGCACAUUUCAGUUUUAAAAGCCGGUCGUCGGUGUACGGGUCAUGUUAGCGAAUUUUAGCACAUCUUGUGCUUAGACGGCGUCGUAUAGGCUUUACUUUGUGUGGCCAGGACUGAAGUUGUCUUUGGACAGCCUGCUUACCAGAACAGAGGCCUGAACGGCCGCCUCCCUGGCCAUGGGGCCGGGAACAGUCUUUUAUUUUUUGGCCGUGCUAGUGUUAACACAGGCUAGCGCUGAAGAGCCAAAAAACAAGACAAAAGAAGUAAAAAGUGUCGACGUCCGUCAAGGGCGUCAACUCAGUCCUUAUGAAGGCCAGAAUAAUAAUGAAGUAGUGGUGGACAUUGAAGACGAUGAAAAGAAACAGUACUAUGAAACCAACUAUGAUACAAGUGCGUAUGGUUUCGGUUACGAUGUUGGACCUAACGGCCAGUUUCAUCAUGAGAAUCGUGGUCCUGACGGAGUAACAUACGGUUGCUAUGGUUACGUCGAUGCGGACGGUUACCUUCGUGCCACCCACUACGUCGCCGACAGCCACGGUUAUAGAGUAGUCGAGCCCGAAAAACCCGUCGAAGUAUACCCCGAUGAGAAAUACGAAUACGAUGAAAAUUCCGAUAAUCAGCCAACUGAACCAGUGCCCGGUCAAAUCAUCCCGUGGAGCAAACUCUUCUUCCCGAAAGGAUGCGGCCGUACUCCGGGUGGAGUGCCACCGAAACCUCUGCCAAAGCCACCGCCAAGACCGCCAAAGCCUGCAAAGCCAAUAGAUAGCACUGGACAAACAAGCAACCCAAGCCCCGGCGUGUCUUACCCUGGCCAAGGACCUAAUGGACCUUAUGGGCCAGGCGGUCCGAGUGGGCCAGGUGGUCCUGGUGGUCCUAACGGACCAUACGGACCAGGCGGUCCUAGUGGCCCCAAUGGACCAUACGGACCAGGUGGCCCUAGUGGCCCCAACGGACCUUAUGGACCAGGAGGCCCCGGCGGUCCAGGAAAUGACGGAUCGUACCGUCCCGAUGGAUCUUACGGCCCUGAUGGAUCAUACCAACCCGACGGCUCUGGUGCAUAUUACCCGGGUACACCUGGAACGCCUGGCAGCCCUGGUUCACCUGGAACACCAGGUAGUCCUGGAUCACCUGGAACACCAGGUGGCCCUGGCGGUCCUGGAGGCCCUGGCUCUCCAGCUUAUCCCGGCUCCGGCGGUGGUUACUACCCAGGUGGUCAAGGUGGACCUAGUGGACCAAGCGGACCCUCAGGCGGCGGCGGCGGCGGUUACUACCCCGGCAGUCCAGGUUCUCCUGGUAGCCCUGGCUCGCCCGGAUCUCCAGGAACACCAGGCGGUCCUGGUGGUCCAGGAGGCCCUGGAGGCCCCGGUGGUCCAGGAGGACCAAGCGGGCCCGGUGGAGCAAGCGGACCUACUGGCCCUAAUGGUCCGUCGUCACCCGGCUACUACCCAGGCCAACCCGGUAAACCUGGCAGUCCUGGCUCCCCAGGCUCACCAGGUGGUCCAGGAGGACCUGGUGGGCCAGGAGGUCCCGGCGGUCCCGGAGGACCAGGAGGACCUAGUGGACCUACAGGUGGAGCAGGUUCUGGAUCAGGCGGUUAUUAUCCCGGUCAGCCAGGAAGACCAGGAUCACCAGGAUCCCCUGGUUCUCCAGGGGGACCAGGUGGACCUGGCGGUCCUGGAGGCCCAGGUAGCCCUAGCGGCCCAGGUGGUCCGAGCAGCCCUGGUGGCCCAAGUGGUCCCGGUGGUCCUAGCGGCCCUGGUGGCCCAAGUGGUCCCGGUGGUCCUAGCGGCCCCGGUGGCCCAAGCGGACCUGGUGGCCCAAGUGGCCCAAGCGGCCCAGGUGGUCCGAGCGGCGGCUAUUACCCUGGCUAUCCCGGUAGCCCCGGCUCUCCCGGCAGUCCAGGCUCACCUGGAGGUCCGGGAGGUCCAGGAGGUCCAGGCGGUCCUGGGGGUCCAGGAGGUCCCGGGGGUCCAUCUGGCGGUGGAGGAUAUUAUCCAAGCCAACCUGGCGGAACUGGCCCAGGAUCAUCAGGCAAGCCCGGCCAGCCAGGACAAGGCGGAUACCCAGGACAACCCGGUCAACCAGGUAAGCCUGGCCAACCAGGGCAGCCAGGACAAGGUGGAUACCCAGGACAACCCGGACAGCAAGGACAAGGUGGAUACCCGGGCCAGCCCGGACAACCAGGACAGCCAGGCAAGCCUGGCCAGCCAGGACAAGGCGGAUACCCAGGACAACCAGGACAAGGCGGAUACCCAGGACAACCCGGUCAACCCGGCCAACCAGGGCAAGGUGGUUACCCAGGACAACCCGGCCAACCAGGGCAAGGUGGUUAUCCAGGACAACCCGGUCAACCCGGCCAACCAGGGCAAGGUGGUUACCCAGGUCAACCUGGACAAUCAGGAGGCCCAGGGCAUCCUGGACAGCCCGGUAAACCAGGACAGCCAGGACAAGGUGGAUAUCCAGGACAACCCGGACAGCAAGGACAAGGUGGAUACCCGGGCCAGCCCGGACAACCAGGACAGCCAGGCAAGCCUGGCCAGCCAGGACAAGGCGGAUACCCAGGACAACCAGGACAAGGUGGAUACCCAGGACAACCCGGUCAACCCGGCCAACCAGGGCAAGGUGGUUACCCAGGACAACCUGGCCAACCAGGGCAAGGUGGUUAUCCAGGAGGCCCAGGGCAACCUGGACAGCCCGGUAAACCAGGACAGCCAGGACAAGGUGGAUAUCCAGGACAACCAGGAGGCCCAGGACAAGGUGGAUACCCUGGAGAACCAGGACAGCCAGGACAACCUGGCCAGCCCGGUCAACCAGGUAAGCCUGGCCAACCAGGGCAGCCAGGACAAGGUGGAUACCCAGGCCAGCCCGGACAGCCAGGAGGCCCGGGACAACAAGGUCAACCAGGACAACCUGGCCAGCCUGGUCAACCGGGCUAUCCAGGACAGCCAGGUAAACCAGGCCAGCCCAGCCAACCAGGAUACCCAGGACAACCUGGACAACCAGGAGGCCCAGGACAACCUGGCCAGCCAGGAUACCCAGGACAACCCGGACAACCAGGACAGCCAGGAGGCCCAGGACAACAAGGUCAACCAGGUCAACCUGGCCAGCCUGGUCAACCGGGCUAUCCAGGACAGCCAGGUAAACCAGGACAGCCCGGCCAACCUGGAUACCCAGGACAGCCAGGACAACCAGGACAGCCAGGAGGCCCGGGACAACAAGGUCAACCAGGACAACCUGGCCAGCCUGGUCAACCGGGCUAUCCAGGACAGCCAGGUAAACCAGGCCACCCCGGCCAACCAGGAUACCCAGGCCAGCCUGGACAACCAGGAGGCCCAGGACAACCCGGCCAGCCAGGAUACCCAGGACAGCCAGGACAACCAGGACAGCCAGGAGGCCCAGGACAACAAGGUCAACCAGGACAACCUGGCCAGCCUGGUCAACCGGGCUAUCCAGGACAGCCAGGUAAACCAGGCCACCCCGGCCAACCAGGAUACCCAGGACAGCCUGGACAACCAGGAGGCCCAGGACAACCCGGCCAGCCAGGAUAUCCAGGACAACCAGGACAGCCAGGACAGCCAGGACAGCCAGGAGGCCCAGGACAACAAGGUCAACCAGGACAACCUGGCCAGCCCGGCCAACCAGGCUACCCAGGACAGCCUGGACAACCAGGAAGCCCAGGACAACCCGGCCAGCCAGGAUACCCAGGACAACCAGGACAGCCAGGAGGCCCGGGACAACAAGGUCAACCAGGACAACCGGGCCAACCAGGCUACCCAGGACAGCCUGGACAACCAGGAAGCCCAGGACAACCCGGCCAGCCAGGAUACCCAGGACAACCAGGACAGCCAGGAAGCCCGGGACAACAAGGUCAACCAGGACAACCUGGCCAGCCCGGCCAACCAGGCUACCCAGGACAGCCUGGACAACCAGGAAGCCCAGGACAACCCGGCCAGCCAGGAUACCCAGGACAACCAGGACAGCCAGGAGGCCCGGGACAACAAGGUCAACCAGGACAACCUGGCCAGCCUGGUCAACCGGGCUAUCCAGGACAGCCAGGUAAACCAGGCCAGCCCGGCCAACCAGGCUACCCAGGACAGCCAGGACAUCCAGGAAACCCAGGACAGCCAAAUCAGCCUGGAAAACCAGGACAGCCCAGCCAACCAGGAUACCCAGGACAACCAGGACAGCCAGGAGGCCCGGGACAACCCGGCCAGCCAGGCCAACCAGGAUACCCAGGACAGCCAGGAAAACCAGGGCAGCCAGGAGGCCCAGGUCAGCCUGGAAAACCAGGACAACCUGGCCAACCAGGAUACCCAGGGCAGCCUGGUCAACCAGGAGGCCCUGGACAACCCGGCCAGCCCGGUCAACCGGGAUACCCAGGACAGCCCGGCCAACCAGGAUACCCAGGAGAGCCAGGUAAACCAGGCCAGCCCGGCCAACCAGGAUACCCAGGGCAGCCUGGACAACCAGGACAGCCAGGAGGCCCAGGUCAGCCUGGAAAACCAGGACAACCUGGUCAACCAGGAUACCCAGGGCAGCCUGGUCAACCAGGAGGCCCAGGACAACCCGGCCAGCCCGGUCAACCAGGAUAUCCAGGACAGCCCGGCCAACCAGGAUACCCAGGAGAGCCAGGUAAACCAGGCCAGCCCGGCCAACCUGGAUACCCAGGGCAGCCUGGACAACCAGGACAGCCAGGAGGCCCAGGACAAGCCGGCCAACCCGAUCAACCAGGAUACCCAGGACAGCCAGGACAACCAGGACAGCCAGGAAAACCAGGACAACCUGGUCAACCAGGAUACCCAGGGCAGCCUGGUCAACCAGGAGGCCCAGGACAACCCGGCCAGCCCGGUCAACCGGGAUACCCAGGACAGCCCGGCCAACCAGGAUACCCAGGAGAGCCAGAUAAACCAGGCCAGCCCGGCCAACCAGGUAAACCAGGCCAGCCCGGCCAACCUGGAUACCCAGGGCAGCCUGGACAACCAGGACAGCCAGGAGGCCCAGGACAAGCCGGCCAACCCGAUCAACCAGGAUACCCAGGACAGCCAGGACAACCAGGACAGCCAGGAAAACCAGGACAACCUGGUCAACCAGGAUACCCAGGGCAGCCUGGUCAACCAGGAGGCCCAGGACAACCCGGCCAGCCCGGUCAACCGGGAUACCCAGGACAGCCCGGCCAACCAGGAUACCCAGGAGAGCCAGAUAAACCAGGCCAGCCCGGCCAACCAGGAUACCCAGGGCAGCCUGGACAACCAGGACAGCCAGGAGGCCCAGGUCAGCCUGGAAAACCAGGACAACCUGGUCAACCAGGAUACCCAGGGCAGCCUGGUCAACCAGGAGGCCCAGGACAACCCGGCCAGCCCGGUCAACCGGGAUACCCAGGACAGCCCGGCCAACCAGGAUACCCAGGAGAGCCAGGUAAACCAGGCCAGCCCGGCCAACCAGGAUACCCAGGGCAGCCUGGACAACCAGGACAGCCAGGAAAACCAGGACAACCUGGUCAACCAGGAUACCCAGGGCAGCCUGGUCAAUCAGGAGGCCCAGGACAACCCGGCCAGCCCGGUCAACCGGGAUACCCAGGACAGCCCGGCCAACCAGGAUACCCAGGAGAGCCAGGUAAACCAGGCCAGCCCGGCCAACCAGGAUACCCAGGGCAGCCUGGACAACCAGGACAGCCAGGAGGCCCAGGACAAGCCGGCCAACCCGAUCAACCAGGAUACCCAGGACAGCCAGGACAACCAGGACAGCCAGGAGGCCCAGGACAGCCCGGCCAUCCCGGUCAACCAGGACACCCAGGACAGCAAGUUCAACCAGGAGGCCCAGGACAACCCGGCCAGCCCGGUCAACCGGGAUACCCAGGACAGCCCGGCCAACCCGGUCAACCAGGAGGCCCAGGACAAGCCGGCCAACCCGAUCAACCAGGAUACCCAGGACAGCCAGGACAACCAGGACAGCCAGGAGGCCCAGGACAGCCCGGCCAUCCCGGUCAACCAGGACACCCAGGACAGCAAGGUCAACCAGGACAACCUGGCCAACCAGGAUACCCAGGGCAGCCUGGUCAACCAGGAGGCCCAGGACAACCCGGCCAGCCCGGUCAACCGGGAUACCCAGGACAGCCCGGCCAACCCGGUCAACCAGGAGGCCCAGGACAACCCGGCCAACCUGGUCAACCAGGACACCCAGGACAGCAAGGUCAACCAGGAGGCCCAGGACAACCCGGCCAGCCCGGUCAACCGGGAUACCCAGGACAGCCUGGACAACCAGGAUACCCAGGUCAGCCCGGCCAACCAGGAUACCCAGGACAGCCAGGACAACCCGGCCAGCCAGGACAGCCAGGAGGCCCAGGACAACCCGGCCAGCCAGGCCAACCAGGAUACCCAGGUCAGCCUGGACAACCAGGACAGCCAGGAUACCCAGGACAGCCUGGCCAGCCUGGAGGCCCCGGACAACCGGGACAACCCGGUCAACCAGGCGGCCCCGGACAACCAGGCGGUGAUUCAGUGCCAUCCGGAACUGGGGUGCAGCCACCUGCUUAUGUUCCAUCGAAUCAAAUGCCCCAGUUCCCUAUCUACGUUAUACCGUACCCACUGCCAAUCGUCCCUAGUCCUGGAUCGUGUCCAUGCUACUUAGUAAACCCAGGCAACAACACAUCAACACAAGUGCAAGGAUCUCAACCACCGCCAAACGGUCAGAAUCAAGGAAGUCAAUCAUACGCGCCGUACGGUAUCAUAGGAUAUGUGCCCGUGGUAUUUGUGCCAUAUUGUCCGGGACAUGACGGUAGUAUGAAUACUGCGCAACAAAACUUCCCCAACGCAGUACCAGUACAAUAUAACUGCGCUCAAUGUCAAGCGAGCAGAGAGAUAUACCGGUAUCUGGGCCGGUUUAAUGGGGCGCGCUCUGCUAAAGAAAUGAAGGAGAUAAAGUCUUUGGAUGAACUAAAUGACCUCAUUAGAAAUAUUAUAAAACCAUCUAAGAAGGCAGUACGUCAGUUAGCAGCUCAACCCAGAGUUUUAGAAGGAAAGAGUUAAAAUUAAUAUCAAAUUUAGGGCGGUAGUCGAAAAACGACUGCGAUGUUAAGGCCGAUAACUUGCUCCGAUGUUAUAUAUAAUAUUCGUAUCAUCAUAAAUCGGCAAUAAUUUUGAGACUGUCUGAUAAAUUUUCUUGGACGAUCUCAAAAUUUAUGAGCGAAGAAAGUAUCUACAUACUUUUAAUAUUAUUAAUUAAUUUUAUAUAGCAUAAAAUUAAAUUAUGUAUUUUAUAAUUUGCGAUUCGAAUUCGGUUCCAUGUAUAAAAGUUGAAAAAAAUGUUAACGUACCGACGAUUUCAUUCGUACUUUUUAGCAAAUUAUGGAAAAUAAAUGUUUUAUUAAAUUAAUAAA